AUGAAGUGGACUCCUAUUCUCUCGCUUGCUCUGUGCCUCAUCGCCCUGGCCGACGCCCACCAGCCCCUUGACCUUACGUCCGCUCUGCGCCGUAUGCGCCGCGGCAACAGUCGCUGCGGCGGCUCGCCCGAGCUGCAGCACCUCGAGUCGACGCUGCAAAAGGCCUCGCCGCACGUCCACAAGGCCCUCUACAAGGUGCACAAUGACCAUGCCCAGGUUAACGCUACUGCGCAGCACAUCCACGCGCUGCUUGCCAAGGUGCAGGAGCUGUGCUAG